CCCUCUGCCGGCUGCGCGCCCCGCCGGCACCUGCGGCCUCAGGUGCGUCGUCUGAGGUGGUCUGAGGGGCUCCCUCGCCUCCGGCGCCGGACACCCGGGCCGCUGUCGGGUUUCGCCGAGGUCCCAGGAGGGGAGCGGGACGGUGGGACCCUGGGCAGCCUUGAGCGGGCGGCGGACCCCGUCUGCACGUCCCCUCGGGGCAGUGGGACCUCCAGGCUCCCCGGCGCCGGCUGCGGGGCGAUGCCCAGGCCCGGUGCCCGCAGCGGACAUGGACGAGGCCCCUCUGCUGGGCGGCGUGUCCGGCCCCGAGGACGAGAUGGUGACGGACCUUUUCGGCGCCGAGAGUCAGUUUGUUUCCGAAAACCUUCCCCUGAAAACCGCGGGGGCGGCGAAGCACGAGGACGACGAGUUCCGCGUCUUUAAAGACGCCUACCUGGGCGCGGCGGACCCCAAGGAGCCCCUGCUGCCCGCGUUCAGCCCCCCGCUCGGCGGCGACGGCAAGAAUCCGGGCAAAGUGGAGCUGCGGGGGGACGAGGCCGAGGCGCAGGACCUGCUCGGGGAGUACCCGAGCCUCCCCGAGCUCCAGCCGCUGGAGGACGCCGUCCUGCCCGCCGCCCCGCAGCCGCCCGCCUACAACGUCCACUUCCUGUCCUCCCUGCUGGCCCCGCACCGGAGUCCUGCCGUCGUGCCCCUGGGCGCCUGGGCCAGGGAGGGGGCCGCCCAGCCCGCUGUCCGCGUGAUUCCAGUUGAAAUAAAGGAAGCAGGUGCUGCUAUUACAAGCAACAAUCUGGAAGAAGCAACUUUUCAGAACCCUCUUGCCCAGGAGUCCUGUUCCAAGUUCCCAUCAUCACAAGAAGCAGAGGAUGCCUCUGUCUGUUCUCAUAAGAAAGACUCUAACCCAAUGGUGAUAUGUCAGUUGAAAGGGGGUACACAAAUGCUGUGUAUAGACAAUUCUGGCACAAGAGAACUAAAAGCACUUCAUUUGGUUCCUCAGUAUCCAGACCAAAAUAAUUAUCUACAGUCAGAUGUCCCUAAACCCAUGACUACUUUAGUAGGAAGAUUUUUGCCAGUACCAGCAAAAUUAAAUCUCAUUACACAACUUGAUAACGGAGCCUUACCAUCUGUAGUCAACGGGUCAGCUUUCCCCUCGGGAUCAACUCUUCCAGGACCACCAAAAAUAACUUUGGCUGGGUACUGUGACUGCUUUGCUAGUGGGGACUUUUGCAACAAUUGCAAUUGUAAUAAUUGUUGCAACAAUUUACGUCAUGAAAUCGAGCGGUUUAAGGCCAUUAAGGCAUGUCUUGAUAGGAACCCGGAAGCUUUCCAACCAAAAAUUGGGAAAGGAAAGUUGGGAGACGUUAAACCUCGACACAACAAAGGCUGUAACUGCAAGAGGUCGGGCUGCCUUAAGAACUACUGUGAAUGCUAUGAGGCCAAGAUCAUGUGUUCUUCUAUUUGCAAAUGCAUUGGUUGCAAAAAUUACGAGGAAAGCCCUGAACGAAAAACGCUAAUGAACCUGCCAAACUACAUGGACAUUGGAGGGUUUGAAGGCGGCCAUCAUUUGUCCCCGACUAAAUUGUCAGGACUACCAACAUUCAGAAAAGAUAGGCGGUCGCCGUCGUGUAUCUCCUGGGAGGUGGUGGAAGCCACGUGCGCCUGCCUGCUGGCUCAGGGCGAAGAGGCCGAGAGGGAGCGCUGCUCCGAGCGCUUGGCGGAGCAGAGGGUCUUAGAGGAGUUCGGGAGAUGCUUGUCACAGAUUCUCCACACUGAGUUUAAGUCCAAAGGGUUGAACGUUGAGUAGACGACACUGUGGUGAGAGGUAAACGCGUGUAGACUGUGUCUCCACUUUCUGAAGGAACCUAUAGUUUAGACAGGUGGUUGUAAGGAACAGGAGGCCAGGUCUGUGUCAACAGCGUCGUCAUCAAGAUGAAGCCUCCCCCCUGCACAGGGCACGCACGCAGGGGGUUGACUCAGAGGCCCCGAGGGACGGGGCAAUCAAAACCCUCCCGCCUUUUUGAGGAAGUGCGUGACCUCACGGCUGUCUGGACCCGGGGGCGAGCGUGGGUCCCUGUGAUGCUGGGGGGACGGUCUGCAGCAACACUGAGCAAUGGCAGGUGGGAGCCGGGCCCUGCCGAGAAUGCAAGCCCUUCCGACUGACCUCAUCCCUCUCGGGAGCGCCCUCCUCGGGAGGCUUCUCUGCGUAAAAAGCCGUAAUGAGUUUUCCCCGAAAGUGUUCGAAAUAAAUUCUCCAGACAGUCUGCGAAGACACCACUUAAAAUCUGUAGAGAAACUGCUGCAACCCUGGGGAGUUUCUGAGUGUCAGUGUUUCCCCAGAGGCACAGGGGUGACCAGCUUCCUCUGGGCCACCAGGAGACGCAGGCCAUUCCUCCUGUCAGUAGCAUUUUGAGUUGUGGGGCUGAAAAUUAUCUAGUUUCUUAUGUGUUUCCAUUUACAUUGUGAAAAGCUCUAUUAUCCAACUAACUUCUCCAUAAUUAUUGUUAUAAUAUUAUUACUGUUUAUAAAAUAUGUUAAAAUAACUAGUUUGCAGAAGUCAGCAGGUAAGAUAAGUUAUUAAGUUGAUUCUCUUUGGGUUCUAUUGUAUAGGCAAAAGGAAUAAAAAUUUCAAACGUC